CAUAUUCUGUCAACAUUAACAUCAGAUGCGCUUUUCUUCUGCAGAGAUUCCAUAGCCAUUGUAAAUCUGUACAUUUCGUUUCGUUUUCCAAGAAAUUUAAUUCCUCUCCUGAUUUUAUAUAAAGCAGGAUGAGUUCAGUGUCGCCGUUCUGCUCACUGCUUGUGUUAGUAUUGUCGGCAUAUUUGGGUCUCGGGAAAAAUAUUGAGAACUACGAGAUGGAGACUUUCCCUGACUUUGACUACCUCGUGGAGAAAGACAUCGAGGAGGAUAUCUGCUCCAACAUCUACGCCCCUGUGUGUGGCAGCGACGGCAUCACCUACGACAACAUCUGCGUCCUGACAAGAAUGAAGACGUCGGACCAGGAUGAGCCCGUCUUAUUUGUGCACAGAGGGCGCUGCGAGGAUCUGCCCUGACCCUUUUGCGGACGACUCGUUAAAGGAAUAUGUUUGCGAUGAAAAUGAAACGAAAUUAUGUUAUACAAUGGUUUCUACUGGGUGAAGAACCUAGAGGGGAUAUUACUUCUAUAUGAAAAUAAGGCUCGGUGUUCAUCAGUCCUUGGAGCAAGACAUCCAAUACAUGUUGUAGAUUUUGUUGAACAAGAUAAUCACUGUGAGUGCGUGUAUGUAAACAGGAAUAUUAGCACAACAACGUAAAUAUGGUUAUGAAAUGAA